AUCCUAGUACCAUCCAUGGCGCCCGAUCGUACAGCAACCAGCACGAAUCCUAAAGCCGUGGUUCUGGAAGACUCGAGGCCUCUCCCGUGCUUUCUAGAAGCUUCUAACCCCUUCCCCAUCCCCUUGCCCAAGAAAGCGACGCCUUCAAAACCCCCUCCAUUCCGCUCCUCCUCCUCCUCAGUCACAAGAAUCCAAAAUCACUUUCACAGGCGAGAGAGAGAAAGAGAAGAGAGAUCCAUGGCUUCCGCCGUCGCUUGCACUGAUCCCGCCCUGGCCAACCUCAAGAAGAUGCUCGCCGAGCCGUCGGCCACCGGUGCGCCCGUGGCCUACACCUACUACGCGCUCAGCCCGGCCGCCGUCCGCCGCCUCUCCAACACCCAGGGCAAGGAGGCCCGCCGCUCCGACGACGACGACACCAACGGCGAGUACAAGGAUGCCGACGCCGUGGGCUGCCGCCGUGCUCGCGACUCCGACGUGCCCAGCUUCUUCUCCCAUGAUGUGUUCGACCGGUUCGGCGCGCCGACGAGCCUGGGCCGUCUGCUGGGUCUGAUGGAGGACGCGGUCGCUGCUCCUGGUCUGGGCGGGCGCGGGUGGUCGGUGGCGAAGGAGGACGACGAGGCGGUGUACCUGAAGGUGCCGAUGCCGGGGUUCGGGAAGGAGCACGUCAAGGUGUCGGCGGAGAAGAACAUCCUGGUGAUCAAGGGGGAGGGCGAGAAGGAUGCCUGGAACGGCGACAAGGACGACAACGCGGUGCCGAGGUUCAACCGCCGCAUCGAGCUGCCCGCCAACGCGUACAAGAUGGACAAGAUCAAGGCCGAGAUGAAGAACGGCGUGCUCAUGGUGACCGUGCCCAAGCUCAAGAAGGAGGAGCGCAAGGACGUGUUCCAGAUCACCGUCGAGUAGGGAGGGGCAGACGGAUCGAUCGAAACUAUUGCUAGUCCUAGUAGUAGUAGUGCUAAUGGCGAGUGGGGUUGAGAGACGGCUUUGUGAUGUCUGGUGUCUUCGUGUUUUGCUUCUGUGAUCGUCUUGCCUAGUUUCUGACCGAGUGGUGGUGAAGUUGGUCAUGUUGAUUUCGAACUGCUUUAGAGGUGGAAUUGGUCAUGAACUAUGUUGAUUUCGAGUUGAUGAAUGCUUUGGUGGUGAAAUUGGUCAUGAACUUUGUGAA